CCUCCUCCUCCUCCUCCAAUAUUAAAUAACGUGCCAUUAAUUGUAGCUUCAUUUCCAGUUCCCAAAAAAAGAAUAAAAAAUGAAUCCAGCAAACUCUGCUGCCAUGAGAGGUAAGACAGCAAGAGCCUGCGAUAGUUGUUUGAAGAGGAGAGCGCAGUGGUUUUGCGCAGCUGAUGAUGCUUUUCUAUGUCGAGGUUGCGAUUCAUCCGUCCACUCAGCGAAUCAGUUAGCGAGCAGACACUUAAGGGUUCGAAUAAAUAAUUAUGACUCAUCAUCAAUAGUUUCCACAACCAGUACUAUUGCUGAUGCCCAAUGUUUAGCAACACCAGCAUGGCACCAAGGGUUCACUCGGAAAGCGAGGACGCCGAGAGCCACCAACAACAACAACAGCAGCAAGUUUGUUAAAGAAGACAAGAAAGUGUUGAUGAUGAAUCCUCCUCUUCCUCGACAGCUUCUUGUUCCUCUGAUGGAAGAAGAAGGAAAUAAUAAUAAUAACAAUGAAGAAGAAGAAGAAGAAGAGGAGCAUGAGUUGCAGUGUAGUGUCCCCGUUUUCGACCUAUGUGACAUCAACACUGAUGGGAAUAUAAUUACUGGGUUUCUUCAUGAUCCAGAUGCAAAUUACGACUUUGUAGAGUUUGCUGCUGAUGUUGAGAGCUUACUAGCUGCUGAAGAAGGUCAUGCUGAUCAUCAAAAUCCUGUGAAAAUUAAGGAUGAAGAAGCAGAAGAAGAGGAAUUAGGUAUUGCAAAUUGUUAUUUCAGUCCUGAUUUUGAAGAAUCGUUGAUGGGUUGGGAUUUUGAUUACGACUUACCAGUGAUCGAGGAGGACAAGGAGGAAGAGGAGAAGAAACCAGUGGUGGAGGCGUCUCAUGAUUCCGUGAUUAAUACUUCAGGGAAUUUGAUGAUGAUCAGUAAUGAAACUCAACAAGAGAGGAGGAACAUGUCUUUGAGGCUAAAUCAUGAAGCAGUAAUGGCUGCUUGGGCUACCCAAGGAUCUCCAUGGACAACAGGAAGCAGACCAUCAGUACUGCUCAACCCUAAGGACUAUUGGUUGCAUUGCAUGGGAACAAAUAUGCAUUGUGAGCAAUAUGGAGGAGUGAGGGGCCAAAUGGGUUGCAGUACUGAUGAUAGGGGUAGAGAAGCAAGGGUGUCAAGGUACAGAGAGAAGAGAAGGACAAGAUUGUUUUCGAAAAAGAUAAGGUACGAGGUGAGGAAACUUAAUGCAGAGAAGAGGCCUAGAUUGAAAGGUCGUUUUGUCAAGAGAACAACAACAACAUGCUUAUCCUUUGCUGGUACUAAUUUCCUCACCAACAAGUAACUAAUUAACGGUCAAUAAACUGCCAAUUAAGAUUGCCUCUGUUUUUAAUUGGCAAAUCUGAGUUUGGCUGCUAGCUUAAGAUAUGGCCACCUUAGUAAAUAAAUGGAAGGAAGAUUGCUUAUUAUCUA